CGGGGGUGAUCUCUACGGGCCUGGCUAUUUGUAUAUGUGUCCACCGUCAGUGCAACAGGAGAGAGAGAGCUUGUUUGUAUUGAAGAGCGGAGGAGCCGAUAGAGAAGCGAUGCAGAGCCGGAGGCAGCAGGCCAUUGCUCACAAGGAGGAGGGGGACAGUGAUGCUGUGAGAUCCAGAACUGACACCUCCUGGUGGUCCCCUCCAUCCAGACUGCGAUGUGACUCGAACAGAUCAUACUCCACAUCUGACUCUGAAGACCUGGAUGAGCGGCUUAUAGACAAGGCCUCAGAAGUCCAGACCUCAGACAAGUGGCUGGGAUCGAACACACAGGGAAGAAUAAAAGGUAAAAAAGCACAAGGGCCCCAAAAGACAAAUCACACUGCAAACCGCCAUUUCCUGAAGCUGCCUCCCAUCAAGAUCAAGCCCCUGCAGGUUUCAGAGCCGAGGAUCCGGUCGGCCGACCUGAAUUGCAUCAGGGAGCUGAAGAGCAAGAUCCUCAUGUGCCAGAGGAACCAGGCCCGAGUCCUGCUCCGUGAGACCUGCGCCUGCCGUGACAAUCUGGCAAGGCAGCUGCAAACCACAGAAAAUAAGUUGCCUAUUAGUUACCAGCACCUACUGCUGCUCAGCCGGGAUCACAGCCUGCUGGAGAGGGAGGAACUCACCUCGAGGCUGUACAGGGCUACUGCAGAGCUGGAGGACAAGGACAAGAGGAUACUGGACUUGGAGAGGAAUCUUAAAUUGUGCCAGGCCUCAUUCCAUCGUCAAAUAGCCACUGAACAAAGGAAGAUCAACGAGGCGAGAAAGAUAUCCUGCUAUCUGCAAGAGCACACGCAUCAGCUAAACAGGGAAAUUCAAGGUAGAGAGAGAGAACUGGAAACACACAAUAUUUACUCCCACAGGUUUUUAAAAGGACCCUCCAAAAAAGUCAGUGAAAUCAAGAUUGUUCAAACGGAUGCAUUAGUCCUUCUCCCCACUGCGGCCGCGAGUCCUUUGGCGUUAGAACAUACGGAGACCAAGGAGAAGCUGGAAGAGAACUCUGUGAACUGGUAUUGUUACAAUCCAGUGCAGGAGUCUUUGGUAGUAGAACAUCCAGAUAAAGAGGUUUCUGAAACUGCCUCAUUAGAAGAGAAUCGGCAAGACGAAACAGACACCAGUGAGCGGUGUAGUAGUUCAGAAGGGCCAAGAAUAUCAACAGAGGAAGAGUGUACCGGAGAAAAAGAGGCCCCACAGAUGAUGGAAGAAGAGCAGAAACCAGAGGAACAGUCGCUGAAUUUGACUGAACCGGAGAGAAAAGGACCCGAACAUCAGAACUGAGGUCAAUAAUGU